AAUGAAAAUAGAAUACAUAGAAACAUGUACGAUCAAGACGGUAGUUCGAAAUAACAAAACGAAAGUAGAUUCCCCUGUUUUGUUGUGUACCACAGCGGAGAAGAAAUGCGUUGAGAGAGAUUACUGUACCUGUUAUAACCAUCUGAAGAUGUCCUUUGGAAUUUACAGCCCUGUUAAAUUCAAUCAAGCUAGAGCCAGAGGGUCACUAUUGGCGCCUCCAUUGAACAUUGAUACAAAAUCGAUACUACUGCGAAAAUAUGGAAGGUACAAUAACAGAUGGCCCACGGGACGAAAAUCUUAUUGUUCAAGUUGUACCAAGUUGAAUCUUGAGAAGGAAAGAAUGGAAAAGGAGUACUAUCGACUGAAAAACACGAUUUCAGAUCAACUGAGAGAUAAAGAAAUUGAAGUGAUAUAUCGGACAGAAGCAAUCUUGGAUGAACUAAGAAGAAAUAACUAUCGGUUAAAAGAGAGAUUGUCAGACACUGAAGAGGAGCUAAAAAUUCGGGCAUACAUAAUUAGAGAGCGGAAUGUAGUGGAAACUCAUGAUGACCGAGUACUUCGUCUUCAACAGAGAUACCACACAUCGCUCAGGGACAAUGAAGAAUUAGAGAGACAGAUACAAAAGAAAGAAAAUCACCUCUGGAGUUUGCGGUGGGAAGUGAGGGACCUGGAAUCGGAAAAGAUAAGCCUAGAAGAAGUACUGGCGAAGAGAGAAGAGGAUAUUUGGAAACUGAAUCACACUCUUCAUCAGACUCAGCAGAAAAAUAUCCUAUGCAGAUUUGAAAUAAAGAAGAUAGAAGACAAGUAUGGUAACCUGUAUGCAAGUUUUCACCAUUUGCAAAUGGAGAAUAUAAGUCUGCAAAAGAAAAUCUCAGAUAUGGAGCACAGCAUUAUGUUUGCUGAUAAAAAAGAAAUAGAGGAGUUGAAGAAUAAUCUUCAUAAAACUUCGUUACAAAUUUCGAGGAUCGAAGAGGAAAAAGAAGAAUUGAAUCAAGAACUCAACAACUUAAAAUAUGAACAAGAACUCGAUAGAAGGAAGACUCGAUAUUCAACACUGUCUGAGAUGAAUGAUAGUACACACUCUCACUGGGUCCAAAGAUUUACUGAGCUCCAGAAAGAAAAUCAAACAGUCAUUGCAAAGAAUAGCACUCUGGAAGAAGAGAUUAGAAAUUUACGAAGGAAAUACAUUUAUACUGAAAAUGUAUCCAAAAGCGAAAUGAAAGAUCUCCGCGAUGAGAAUUCAGAAUUGAAGAAUAGAAUCAAAGAAGCAGAAGAUACAUGGUUGAAACCGACCCCUUCAAAUCAAACUGUUGCAGUCGCUAGUGACAUUCUCAGCCUCCGCCAAGAACUUACUGACCUAAGAAAGAAAAAUAAAGAAUUAGAGGAAGAACUUAGACGACGCUUACAAGAAAAGAAUGACAAAACACUGAUGCAUGAAAGUGUAAUACGCCAAAAAGAUAGCGAGAUUUUGAAAGCAAAAGAAAGUUUGGGACUCAAGGACUUUGAAUUAAGAUCUCUUCAAUCCAAGUUAAUUGAUUCUGAGAAAGCUGUGAUGUUAAUGUCGUCAAAACCCAGUGAAUACCAAUGCCUGCACGAGGAAAUCGAGAAAUUAAAAUGGGAGAAUUUGAGUUUGAAAGAAAGUCUUGAGGAUUAUCUUAAACGAUCAGAUGUGAACUUGCAUUCAUUGAGAUUUCCCCCAACACACGAAGAAGGGAUCAGAAACAGAAACAAACAGUUGGAGGAGGAAUUGAGAAAUGUGAAGACAGAAAAUCAAAAUUUUCGUAAACACAUUUCAACGCUACAAAAGGAAAACGACAUUGCAAUAGCAAGACAUGAAACAACGUUAAGUGAACUGACAAGUUUGAAGGUUGAAGAUAGACAAAGACAAGUAAAAAGCCAAGAGUUGGAAGAACGCCUAGCAAAAGAAGAAAGAAAAGCAGAAAAGUUGAGGAAAGAACUGUCAGAAGAAAAAAUUGCAUUAGAAAGUGGACAUUCCAAAACUGAACUUGAAUUAAAAAAUUCAGAGGUAGAGCUCAAAGAAAAGAGGAGAGAUGUACAACAAUUGCAGGAACGCAUCAGAUAUAAGGAAAACGAAAUGACAGAACUUUUAGAAGGAAGAAACAACGCACUGAGAAGAAAAGCUGAAGUUGAGCAAGAAAACCAGCAUUUAAAUGAUAAUUUGAAUCAAUUGCAAGUCGAAAAUAAAAAUCUUCAACAGCAACAUACACAAUUAAAUAAGAAGAUUUCUCAAACUGAACAACAGCUUUCCGAUAUGAAUAUAGAAACAGAGCGUUUAGAAGAACGGAUAGCACAAUUAGCGACUGAAAAUAAUCAGCUUAGAAAAGAUAUUGCCGAAGUGUCAAAAGAAAAGGAUAAUGUCCUCACAAGACUAAGUAAGGUGGCAGGUGCAAAGUUAACUCAAGGCAAUGCUGCGAUAACUGACCUUAGUGACACCAACCGUCCAACAAAAUUAGCAGAGAAAUUCUCCGAGCUGUAUGACAAUCAGUGGACAGAUGCCUUUGAAGAGCUUGACAAUACUUUUAAUAACGAAGAGGAAACAAUACAAGCUCUCCUGAAAAUUUUACAGGAUGCAUAUACUUUUUGUGACCGAACAGAGACAAAUUAUGAAACCAGGAUUAGACAAGCAGCAUUUACGUUAUCAGAUGAGAACACUAGAGAGACUCGUCAGAUCACUGGUGCGGAUGCUCCUGUACAGAAAGCCCUCACAGAGCUAAUCCUAUCAUUGAGCAAUGCUUGUUGUUUAGGUAUCGAAGAGAUGUUUCUGACAAGACUUCCCUCAAUUUUAAAGGAAGUUGAUGUUACGGUGUCUACUAAGACAAAGAUGUACGCUCGCCAUUGUGCAAGCCUGUGUUGGAGAAUGAGAAUCCGUGAACCACCGGUGUUUGUCCGGUUCGAAUUCAGACGGGGAACAGAAUUUAAAACAGAUAUCCUGAGGCGGUAUACCAAAACAGGGGGGUAUCUGGAUUUCAUUGUCUGGCCAGCAUUGUAUUUACAUGAGAAUGGACCAGUGUUAGCGAAAGGCGUGGCACAACCAAGACUCUCUCCUUAAUUUCAUAAUCAAAGCAGUGUUAGAUUCUCUUCUGCAUGCUUUGAAGACAUUAGAAAUGUAAAUCACUGGAUUCUUAUUUAGAGUGUUUAUUUACUUUUUUACUUACAUUAGAAAAUACUGGUAUUUUUGUACCUGGACGAAGGAACAUUUUUUUUGUUACAGAUAGUGUGUAUAAUUUUUAAGUUAUUACUUAGUGUGUGUAUAAGUAGGAUUUUAGCAGAAUCCUAAUGAAAUCAUCAAAGAAAGUAUUGUAGAGCUUUUCACCUGAUGUGACUCAUUGAAAAUUUAUGGUGAUUGGUUCAAUAUUUUUAUUUUUUGUCAUGUAAUCAUUUGUUUUACUUUUCCUUUGCGGAUGUCUACGAAAAGGCACCUAAUUAGAGGUUUGGUGAAUUUGCAGUAGGAGUCUUAGAACCCUGUAAGACAAAAGUAUAACACGUUUUUAGCUGGAUUGUGAUUGACCUCCGGUAUGUCCAGGGGUCCAUGUUUGCCCAACUAUCUAUUUUGUAUUGCUUAUAGGAGUUAUGAGAUUGAUCACUGUUCGUUAAUAUCUUCACCAUAAAGGUCUAAAGGUAGACGAUUGUCAGUGGCGAAUGCAGGGUUUGUUAAAAUGGGCAAUGACCAAGGUUUGAAGGCUUUAUAGUUACUUUUAUGGGUUGUUAUUCUCUAUACAUAAUAAAAUCAAUAAAUAACAACAAAUAAUCGAUUUGUUUAUUUUUGUAUGUAUUUUUGUAUGUAUAAUGUCAAAUCUUUUGCUGGUGUUCUACUAUUUUUUGUUGUUGAUUUUUUUGGUCUAUAAAUAGGGGUCCUGGCCCCUCUACAUCCGCCACCGGGUUUUAUUUUAAUAGAUAAGAUGGCCAUUUGUUUUGAACAGGCCCCUCUAUUUCUCCAUUGUUACUUCCCAUAUAAAUGUUUGAAUUGUAGGUAAUAUAGCCGUUUUUUCACAUACUUAGAAUUUAGAGAGAAGUGGACAGGGUCGUUGAUUACUGUACUUGUAUACUGAUGUUUAUGUAAACUCUUUGCAAUAUUUGGUUUUCUUCUUAAGCACAUCUCACGAAGAUAUGCUUCGUAAAAAAUUUGAAAAGCCGUCUUAUAAAUGCAAAAUGUUAACUAUCUAAUAAUUUCAAAUCCUAGAAUACUUAAUUGUGUGUUUUCUGACCCACGCUAUUCAAUUCAAGCUCACAUUUCACAUGUCAUAAUCUUUACAGUCAUGAUUUCAUAUAUCUAAAUUUGCUUAUUUUCAAGGAACUGAAUAUGUAUCAACUGUGUUAAUUGUUCCAAAAAUUUUGCAGCAUAAUGUGGUGGUUCUGUCUUAUGUUGAAACGAUUAGCAAUUAAUUAUAUGGAUGCAAUUGUUUCAAGAAUACUAUUUAUAACAUUUCAUUCUGCAUAUAGUACAAUGAGAGCUUUGAUAUUCCUGUUUGUCCUCUUAGAGUUUUACUGUCCAUGUUGUUUACUUUUCAUAUAUGAAGCAUGCGACAAAUACCAUUUAUUGAAAACUAACGGGGACUUGACACCUAGUUCCAUUUAGUAGUUCAUAUGCAUUGUUGCAGUUUCUAAUACGAAGUGAAUGUACUUUAUAUAAUUCUAAAAAUUCAGAGGACUAGAUAAACUAAAAGUAAUUUUAAAUAUGCAAGUCAAGUACUUCCAGAAUUGAAAACCGACAUAGUUGUUUAUGAAGAUUGGAGACAUAUACACGUAUAUUUAUAUGGUAUUUCCCAGUCUACACUGAUUCAGUACAAUUUAUGUUGUUUUAAACCUUGGUGAUUCUCUUUUUCUCCUUUGCAUGGACAGUUUUGACACACUUUCCUGUUGAGCAUUCUCAAAGGAGCUUUCUUUGUAACCUCCAAAUUGCGGUUCAUUAGACAUUUGGCAAUAAGUAACAGCAUCAGUGUGUGAACCCUUUGAAACUUUGGCUACCCUUUCCUUAUCCAUCAACACAUCCUUAGCUGUAUUAGCUGACUGUUGGUAUCGCUCUGAAUUAAUUCCAGUAUAUGUUCCUUUUAAAGGAAAGGUGCGUGGUUUGAUUGACUUUUGAGUAUCACCCUGCAGUGUCGGCAGAAUUACAGAUUUCAGCUUUCUUUUCAGUACUUCAAAUUCUGGAUUAUAUUUCGCUUUUGAUUUGUUUUUUGGCCAUGUGUUUUUAUGUUCCACUAGAUUUUCUACAACAUGGAAUUUGGAAAGGUUCUCAGAAAUUUCUACCGUAUGCCUUCGUGUCCCGUCCCUUUUGACAGUGCUUGGAAUAUUAUCCUCUUCAUAGUCCAGCAGACCAGUUCCCGAUGUACUAAAAUAAACAUCGAUUUCUUUGUCAUUAGAUCGAGACGCAUUAACGGACUUUUCUGUAAUUACACUAUUGUUGCCAGGAGUGCUGAUUAUCUCGGUACCUGGUAUUUUUUCUGGUGAAGGACGUGACCGGUGUGAUCUAGAUUGCUCGUUAAUGGUACUGGCUGAACUUACAUCAGACAAACUGCCAGAUCCGUCAGUUUGAAAACCUCCAGCAAUCGACAUUCUUUUUCGACAAACUAACUUGCAAGAACACGAAAAAAGUUGAUGAAAAUGACUGACUUUUACUGCUUCUGCUAUAUCUCUGUAUUUAUAAUGCAAAGUGUCGACAAGAAUGUCUUUGCAUUCUUGUGUCGAUGGCGCGGAUCUCAGUUGAACAAAAACCUGCAUCCACAAAGAAGCCGCGGACGUCCCAUUGAUUUUCUGCUCUACGAUUCCAUCAUCGAUUAACUUAUUUUCAAAAAGUGCAUCCAAGACGUCUGAAAUAUCAACAGUCUGUAUGAUCAUGCAGUAUGCACACCUUCUCUUUGUAGAUGCAUUCAUUUUUUCCUCAUAAGAUAAACUGAUUUCACUCAUUAAGUCUGGGUAUUCAUCUCUUAAAGACUCCAAAAAUUUUUCAAAGUUGUCUGUCCCGUAUCGCCGAAAACGGGAAAUGAUAAAUCGGUUUUGGUCUUUUCUUUUACUGCUUAGUUUCAGGAUGGUUUCAUGGUCUGACUGUGAAAUGGCUUCACCUUCAACAAGUUUAUCUAGUAUGUCAUCUUUUGAAAAAUCAAGUCUGUUGACAAUUUGUUGGUACUUCUCUUGCAACACCUCUUUGUGAACAUUUUCUACAUAAAGAAAAAAACAUAUCCAUCACAAACAUUAGUAAACUUAUAGGUCAAGUAAAGGCAAGGUGAAAAAAAAUAAAACCAUUUUUGAAAGUUGACUGCUGUGGGAUUUUUUAAUCAAGGUAAAUACACAAUAUACCUAUUCAAAUAUCGUUAUUCAUAGAAACGAAUAAUAGAAUUGUCGCCCCUACUAAUUACGUCAUAUAAGACACACAUAUUACGCCACUAAAUUACUGUUUUAAGGUAACUCCACCCUAACGUGAUAUCAUAGGGUUUUGCAAAAUCUUUAUUUGAUUAACUUCGUGCACGUUAGAAAUUUAAAAAAAUCUGGUGAACUAUUUGAUACCAAAAUAAGUCUAUAUUUUCUAUUAUAAUCAUCUAUAUUUUAAAAAAGCCAAAGGCAAUAACUCUAGAUCUUCUGCUGGUAUUUUCUCUGUUGUAUGUCUGUUAUACAAUAAUCGAUUCCCCUGAUAUCCACAAUUAAUUUUACAUGCAUUUUCAUUAUGCUUUUUAAUAAAAAUGUGCGAUUUUCUGAUGUUGAUAAUCAAUCCAUGAUUUAAAGCAAUGCGAUCCUUCAUAACAAAUCAAAGUAAACAAUCCCUCGGAUACAAUACAAAUGAAAAAUUAUACAAUGCACACGAAAAAGAAUUAUAAUACAAAUGAGAAAUUGUACAAUAUAAAUGAAAAAUAUUUUAAAUACAAAUGAAAAAUUAAACAAUACAAAUAAAAAAUUAUGCUAUACAAAUUAAUGGAAAAGAUCAAAUAUUGCAACGUUUGACAUGCCAUAGAUUGAGGGGUGGGCGUAAAAGUUACAGGUAGUGACGUAUUUUUAUUUGAUUAAAUGUAUUCUUUGGA